UAAGGACACACACACACAACCAUUCUUCAAAACCCCCACUGAGACAAUAAACACAUCCGCACUUGCACGGACACGCGCACGGCCGAGACGCACGCGUGCCCGCCGCGUCUCACGCUCGCUCUCGCGCGACGUGCCCCGUGGAUGUUUGCGACCCCCUGUGUGCAAUGGCUCGUCAUCCCCGCCGCUCUGAGCGCAUAUCACCCCGUCCGACCGGGAGCCGCUCACACGAUGCCGGGCGGCUCACGAAGCAAGCCGCCGUGGCCGACACCACCACCACGACGACCACACCGACGCUGAACCAGGAAUUCCCGACGCACGAGUGCACGGCUAGACGACGAUGGUGCUGAUGAUAACCACCACCACCACCACCACCGCCGCAGCCACCGCCGCAGCCACCGCCAACACCGCGACGAACGCAACCACGGCGGCUACGGCGACCGCGGCGAUGAAGCGCCCUUCGGCCGAGCGCAGACCGGCGCGGGACGGCGGUCUGCCCCUCGUGGUGCCCGGCCACACGGAGGCGCAGGGACCCCGGCUGAGUCUGCUGGGGAAGCCGCGGGCGCUGGGGCGAUUCGCCCGCAGGAACGCGCGCUACCGCCGCAUGCAGAACGUCCUCUACAACGUGCUGGAGCGGCCGCGUGGCUGCGCGUUCGUCUACCACGUCUUCGUGUUUAUCCUGGUGUUCUCCUGCCUCGUUCUCUCCGUGCUCUCCACCAUCACCGUCUAUCAAGAUCCCGCAAACCACGGCCUCCUCAUCCUGGAGGGCAUCAUGAUGGUUCUGUUCGGCCUCGAGUAUUUCCUGAGGAUCUGGGCAGCCGGGUGCUGCUGCCGCUACCGCGGCUGGCAGGGGCGCCUCCGUUUCGCCCGCAAGCCCUUCUGCAUCAUCGACAGCAUCGUGCUGGUGGCCUCCCUGGCGGUGAUCGCCGCCGGCACCCAGGGCAACAUCUUUGCCACGUCGGCGCUGCGCUCGCUGCGCUUCCUGCAGAUCCUGCGCAUGGUGCGCAUGGACCGCAGGGGCGGCACCUGGAAGCUGCUGGGCUCCGUGGUCUACGCGCACAGCAAGGAGCUCAUCACUGCCUGGUACAUCGGCUUCCUGGCGCUCGUCUUCUCCUCCUUCCUGGUCUACCUGGCCGAGAAGGACGACAACAAAGACCAGUUCGCCACCUAUGCCGACGCGCUGUGGUGGGGCACGAUCACCCUGACGACGAUCGGCUACGGAGACAAGACCCCAAAAACGUGGCUGGGACGGAUGCUGGCUGCCGGCUUCGCGCUGCUCGGGAUCUCGUUCUUCGCCCUCCCUGCCGGCAUUCUGGGCUCAGGAUUUGCCCUCAAGGUGCAGGAACAGCACCGGCAGAAGCACUUUGAGAAGCGGCGUAACCCGGCGGCCAGCCUCAUCCAGUGCAUGUGGCGCUUCUAUGCGGCCGACGAGCACUCCCUCUCCGUGGCCACUUGGAAGCCCUACCUGAAAGCGCUGCACUGCUGCAGCCCCUUGAAGAAAGAACAAGCCGAUGCCACUUUAAGCCAGAAGCUGAGUCUGCGCGAGCGCGUCCGCCUGUCGAGCCCACGCGGCGCCGGAGGAGUUGCGGGCGGCGCUGGCGGAGGCGGCACGGCAGGGGCGGGCGCCCCGGGCCCCCCGCCCCGUGGCGGCGCGGGGGGCCGGUGCGCCCCGGGCGCUGUUCGCCGCUCCCCCAGCGCGGACGCGGCGGGGCCCGGCAGCCCGGCCAAGGUCACCAAGAGCUGGAGCUUCAACGACCGCACGCGCUUCCGGCCAUCGCUGCGGCUCCGCGCGGCGCAGUCUCGCCAGUGCUCCGAGGCGGAGGCAUCGGAGGAGGCCUGCGAUGACAAGAGAUGUCAGUGCGACCUCUCCCUGGAGAAUCUGAGCCCCACUCUCCGCACCGUCGUUCGAGCCAUCCGCAUCAUGAAGUUCCACGUGGCCAAGAGGAAGUUCAAGGAGACGCUGCGGCCGUACGACGUGAAGGACGUCAUCGAGCAGUACUCGGCGGGCCACCUGGACAUGCUGAGCCGCAUCAAGAGCCUGCAGACACGGGUGGAUCAGAUUCUGGGGAAGGUGCAGCCGUCGUUGAGCACAGAAAGGAUCCGCUCGCGAGAGAUCCGCGGGGCCUCAGAUGUCCGCGAAGACCAGAGCAUGAUGGGAAGGGUCAUCAAGAUGGAGAAGCAGGUGCAGUCCAUCGAGAAGAAGCUCGACUUCCUCAUCGAGUUCUACCGCCAGUCGCUGAGCCAAGGCCUCUCGGUGGCCACCCCGGACUCGCACAGCCCCGUGGGGCCGCCGUUCGUGCGCACCACCAUCUCGCGCUCCUCCAGCGUCGGCAGCCACGUGCUCGAGCACCACCCGAGCGUCGAGGACUUCUCGUGCUCGCUGAGCCAGCUGGACGCCGCCUUCCCGCCGCUCGCGGGCCGCACCGCCUCCGGCUCGCUGGCCACGCGCAGCGUGCGCUCCUCGCCCGCCUUCGGGAGCUCCCCCACCGCCGUCGUCCACGGCGCCCGCUGCGCCGGCCAGCAGCUGCAGCAGCAGCAGCUGCAGCUGCAGCAGCUCCUGCAGGCGGCGGCGAUGGCGGCGGCGGGGGGCGCGACGGAGCCGCGCGGGGGGUCGCCGGGCGAGCCGGAGUCGGACGCGAGCACGCCGCGCCUCUCCUCGCAGGGCCCCCCGUGCCCCAGCCCCGAGCCUCCACCGGCGUCGAAGCUCGUGUUCCCGCCGGGCUUCGCGGCGGCCGGCGACUUCCUCGCAUCGGACGGGCGGGCGCCGGGCGAGUCGCCGGAGCUCGCCGUGGCGUGCUACGCCAAGCUGCUGGGCGGCUCCGAGAUGCCGCUGCUGCUCCACACGGUGAGCGAGCUGGACGAGAGUGUGGGCGCCGAGGACGCCUACACGGCGUGGAGGGACACGACGCGCCUCUUCGCCGCUGGGGAGAGUGGCCGGGCGGGAGAGGCGGCCGGGCGGCCGAUGGGAGGGCAGCCGGUGACCUUCACCAUCGGCGACGACGACUCCGCCGUCCGGGCGUGGAGCAGCCCCGGGAGGACUCACCUUCGGAGCGCCUCCGCCGAGGAGACGCUCCAUUCCUCGUUCCUAUGACGGGGAUGGUACAGUUGGAGGGUGGGAGAGAGAGAGAGAGAGGCGUCCAGCGGUCAAGUUGUUUUGCGUAUUUACCAUGCUGCCAAAAGACAUUUGUGUGGAUUCAUGAGAAUGAUAGAAAAAUGGGUAAAUUGUUGGGGUUGGGGAGAGAUUUUGCAAUGAAACUCUGCCAGCUUCAGUACAAAACACUGGAGGUGUGCUUGUUGAAUGUGCUAUUUGUUUUAGGGCAAUCUUGUGGGUUCCACAUUCCGGACACCAUGGAGCCAUCGCUCACCUCAACGCCAACAGAACCAGAAUCCGCGUUAAUCAAAGAAUCAAUUUCACAUGACUCCCAUGAGUGAGUUUCCAGAGCUCUGGGCUGGCUUGGGAUUUUGUAGCCGAGUUCAUAAGCCUUAAACGAAACCCUGCAUGCAAGCAGCAGGGAUCGUAUUUUCUACGAUUGAGUUCAUGGGUCAAAUUGUGGCCUUGACGCAGACCCAUUUUUUCCCAAAGUUUGAACCUUCAGGAACCACAUUCUGGGAAAUCAACUGUUCAAGAUCCCGCUUUCAAGGGUUGAGAACAACAACCUGAUGCAACACAAAUCAACGAAAUCCAACUUUUCACGCCAGUUAUUCAUAUUGGACAACAACUUGCACGUCAACUCCACAAUUCCCAAACAAUAGUGCAUUUACUUGUUGUACACAAGACCCAUAUUAUUCGCCAGAUAUACAUUCAUGAGUAAAAAACGUCUAUAAUUGUGCCAGGGUUAGGGCUACGGUCGUGCUGGACAGCGAGCGACUAGAUUGUUGUCCCGCACGCCUCUUGCGUGCACGCUCCCACGUCACGACGUCGAUUGCACUUAAACGCGUCGUACGCGCAAAGACACCGCCGCGCUGGAGUCGUUCUUCAGAACUGAUUAUCGCAAACGAAACGUCGCGGAGAUGAGGGGCGAGGGGAGGGCGAGGGGAGGGCGAGGGGAGGGCGAGGGGAGGGCGAGGAAGAUGAACGAUGCUUUAAACCGAGACGCCGCACCGACUUUCCGACCGACGGACGUGGGAACGGGUGGCGCUCGUUUGCCAUUGUUGCCAGCAGUGAGCGACGAUUUUGAGAAUCGUCGACCGACCGACGAACAAAAGCAUGAGAAGCUGAAGCACGUGGCUUGAAGUGCGUGCAGGUUUAAACAAAUUUACGACUGUACUUUGAAACAAAAGCGCACAUUUCUGUGAAGAGAAAGAGUGGUGGGGUUCUAUAUAGAAUCGGUAAUUUUUUGGGGCGUGGCAAUUCACAUCACAUCCACGAGAAGGUACUUGAUAUACAGAGAUAUGAUACAUUUCUGAACAAAGAAGAACGUCUCCUUUUGUAAAUCCAAUGAAGGCUGUUUUGUGUGUUUUACACAUUUGAAUGGAAAUUGAAAAUUGCAGCAACGCUGCUCGUGUGAGAUAAUCCUCAAGUACUUCAUCUGAGGUUGGUGAAAUGUUAAUAAACUUUCCAUGGUGUGAGUUUUAAUCAAUUGCGAUCUCCGGAAAUGUAGAGUCACUCCCUCUUUCGCAGCAUCUGUCAGGCACGCUAAGCUUCUGCUACGAAGUAAAUGGCCGGAUCGGCCAGCGACAUAGGGCCCCAUAAUAACGUAAGAGCUGCCCGCCGUGCUGUGAUGGUGAGUACACUGGGGUUCAGAGGUCACCACUUCGAUCUCCCGGUGUGCCGGCUGAAACAACGGCGCAAGUUUCUUUAAUCCCCUCCCCUCAACCCUCCCCAUCACCCCUCCCCUCAACC